GCCACUCACGCACACUCGAUUUCAACGCUUUCAAGAGUGCGGACGUGCUGCGCGUUGCUCCCGUCUGGCCGAUCUUGGGCAAAGGAUAUUCCAAUAUUCCGGGGGAAAACGCGUUUUCCAACAUUUGUCGCGAGUGCAUUUGAAGGAAAAAGCUCAGUUCCGUUGAGAUUUGAACCCAUUUUUAUGUAGUGGACGGAACUUUCUAGAAUCAAAUUAGUAACAGAAGCAAAGUGGUGAGCUUGUGCGUGCGCGCGUCUGUGUUCGUGUCGAGUGAUGGGCAACGUUUGCCGAUAGAAAGAAAAAAAGUUGUAAAGGUGAAGAAGUGAAUCGCCGCAAACCGUCGUUGGAGGAGCCCGUUGACUACACGGUUGUCCGUUUUUGUAAGUCGUCCGGAAGAGCAUCCUUAAUAUCAGACACGAAGCCGGUGGAUCGUUUCAGCAAGAGCGACCAUCGUGCCACGCUUACUGCACCGGGCACGGUGUACAGUCUUAAUUGAUUGAUUAAAAACGGAUAAGGAUCGGUCGGGAAAUAAGGAAAUCACCAUUCAGCGAGGGCGGACAAGAGAGCCCUACCGGUGGCGCGUGUCGAGUGGGGGGUGGCGGCAAAAAGGAAAGCAGAGGGAGCGAUGUGUAAGACCCGCCUUAUCAACCGGCCCGGCAAGAAGUAUUAAAAGUGGCUGUGAGCCAGACAUCCCCUCUGUCGGCAAACACCCGGGCAGCAGCCUCAAAUUUGUGUGCUUUUUUACCGAGAGACGGAGGUCAGAAACUGGAGAACGAAAUACGAGCAAGCGGAGCGGAGGCGGAAGAUCGGCCCGAUAAAUCACCCCGAAGCAGGUACUCGUAAGAAUCGCCUUUGGCUAGAAAGGUCAUCGAGAACGAGCCUCGGUGGGAUGAAAUUAAUAAUAAUUAUGUUUUAAUUAAAUCAUCUUGAUUAUCCCUACGACUGGAGGGCAGAACGGACCCCGGACCGGUGUACUCGGCUGCUACUUCGCUAGAGCUUUCUCGGAACGGAGACGGUACCCUCGUCGUCGGUUCGGAAAGCCUUCGACCACAUUCCGUCAUCCGUGCAGCCUUAUUGGAUGACUAGUUAUCCCGGUUCCGGGAAAGCAUCUAUACCGGCAGGACGAACCAGCCCUUCGCACGCUAUGGUCUAAGUCGGUUGGAUGGAUCUGGUUCGUAACGGCACCACCACCCGGAGAUUGUGUGGAACGCCAGCUCUAGCUGCUCCCAGUAAACGAUAGCUUUGGUGUCGUUGUGGCCCGGGAUCGUUUUGCUGUCCGUACCUCCAUGCCGGUGGGAGCGCCUUGCGUCUGUUCGUGGCUUGUAACGCUGUGGAGUGUUGUGGUGGUCGCUUCUCUGAAACAAUUUGUGCAGCUAGAUUAACCAAGACGGGCGAAGGAUUCCUGCAUCAAAAUGACUAUAAAGACUGCGCUGCAGCGCGAACGUAAAUCUUUUAGCAGGGGCAAAGGCAAUGCAACCGGACAGCACGAUGUACCGUGGUCAGUAAGUGCGGUGAUGCUAGAGCAGCAUGGUGGAGUGUUGAGGUGUAACUCCAGGUCGGAUAGCUAUUUCCCGGACGAGCGAUCCGCUGAUCAAGACGAUCCGGAGGAUCCCCAGGCAUCAAAUGAGCUCCGAUGGCAUCAAGAUAGCAGCAGCAGCAGCUCCGACGAUUGUAGCAGUGGUAGUAACGAAAGCAGUUGUUCCGCUGGUGGCUGUCACACGCGGCGUCCACGAUGUCAGUCUGUGACUGUGCACCCGCGCUACCAGCAGCAUCACCUUCAUCCCCGAGCGUCUCCGUGGAGUCGCAUCAUCCAGUUUCAAUUAGUGCUAGUGUUAUCGGUAGUUUUAGUAUUUAGCGGCAUCAAUUCCGCGGUUAACUGUGAUGAAAAUGUAACGACCGGUGUAAGGGGUAGUGGCGAUGGCGGGGAGCUUAAGAAGGGACUGCUGGCGGGCAUUUUGGCCACUGCCAACAGCAGCAGCAGCAGUAGCAGCAGUAGUGACGAUGAGGCGAAGUUGCUAAGCGUCAACGAAAUCGAUGAAGUGCUGGAUGGCGUACGCCACUUCACACAUCACUGGGCGGUGCACAUUCCGGAAGGUGAUGUGCAUGGUCUGGCCGAUCGAGUUGCCGCCGAGCACGGUUUCAUCAAUCGGGGAAAGAUCUUUCACGAACACUACCACUUCGAGCACAGCCGACUGCACAAGCGGUCGCUCAGUCCCUCCAAACCUCACCAGCAACGGCUGGAAUCGGACCGGCGUGUUCGGUGGGCGAAACAGCAGCGGGCCAGAUCGCGUCAAAAGCGCGACUUCCGACCGCUGACCAAAUCGUACCAGCUGCCGAUCCAGCUAAACGACCCGAAAUGGCCCGAAAUGUGGUACUUGAAUCGUGGCAACGGGCUGGACAUGAAUGUGAUUCCUGCGUGGAAGGAAGGUGUUACGGGGAAAGGGGUGGUGGUAACGAUUCUGGACGACGGACUGGAAUCGGAUCAUCCCGAUCUGGAGCACAACUAUGAUCCAUACGCGUCGUACGAUGUAAAUAGCUCAGACAACGAUCCGAUGCCCCACUACGAUCUAACCGACUCGAACCGGCAUGGGACGCGGUGUGCCGGUGAGGUGGCAGCCACGGCGAACAAUUCCAAAUGUGCGGUCGGUAUCGCGUACGGGGCGAAGGUCGGAGGUGUGCGAAUGCUGGACGGUGACGUGACCGACAUAGUGGAGGCGCGCUCACUGGGUCACAACUCACAGCACAUAGACAUCUACAGUGCGUCCUGGGGUCCGGACGACGACGGCAAAACGGUGGACGGGCCGGGCGAGCUGGCGACGCGCGCCUUCAUCGAGGGAGUGCGUAACGGGCGCGGCGGCAAGGGCUCAAUAUUCAUCUGGGCCUCGGGCAACGGUGGUCGCGAGCAUGAUAACUGCAACUGUGAUGGCUACACCAACUCCAUCUGGACGCUUUCGAUAUCGUCCACCUCCCAGGAGGGUCAGGUGCCUUGGUUCUCGGAAAUGUGCAGCUCAACACUAGCGACAACGUACAGCAGCGGGAACACCAACGAAAAGCAGGUGAUCACAACGGAUCUCCACCAUACGUGCACGUCGUCCCAUACGGGCACGUCGGCAUCGGCUCCACUGGCGGCCGGCAUUGCGGCACUGGUGCUGGAAGCCAACCGUAAUCUAACCUGGCGUGAUCUACAGCAUAUCGUUGUCAGAACGGCAAAACCGGGCAACCUAAUCGAUCCGAACUGGUCGGUAAACGGUGUCGGUCGACGGGUGUCCCAUUCGUUCGGGUACGGCCUAAUGGAUGCAGCGGCUAUGGUCCGUUUGGCACGCACCUGGAAAACCGUCCCGGAGCAGCAGGUCUGCGAAAUCAACGCGCGCCAUCUGGACAAACAAAUACCUCCCCGAACCAAAGUCACCCUGCAGCUGAUCGUGGAGCACUGUAUGGGCGUGAACUAUCUCGAGCACGUACAGGCCAAAAUCACCCUUACCUCGCAGCGGCGUGGCGACAUCAAAAUCUUCCUAACCUCGCCAUCCGGUACGCGGGUCACCCUGCUGACGCCAAGAUCCCACGAUUUGUCGCGGUCCGGGUUCAAUCAGUGGCCGUUCAUGUCGGUGCAUACAUGGGGCGAGGCACCCCACGGUACCUGGCAGCUGGAGAUUCAUAAUGAAGGUCGUUUGUUAGGAUACUCGGUCAUACGGGGCUGGUCGCUGGUACUGUACGGUACGAGCAUUCCGCCGGAUCCGAACGAUCCACCGAAUGUCUCUAGACCGUAUUCAACCCCAACGCCCGCACUGCCACCGAUCCUGCCCGCUGCCGGCUUCAACGGCUACACGGUCAGUGGAGGAUCAAAGAAUUACUACUCCUCAUCGUCCUCUUCAUCCGCUUCCUCUUCUUCGUCGUCGUCGUCGGCUGGCAUUGCUGGUGCGUCUUCUGUGUCCUCCUCGUCGGUUGCUUCGAAACCAAACCGUAAACAGCAGCAACAGCUACAAUAUCAGACUCAAUACCAUCAAACGGGUUCGUCGGUUUCAGUUCAAUACGGAAUGACACCGGCCUACAGUUCCGGCACUAGCAGCAGCAGCAGCAGCAGCAGCAACAACAGUGGCAACAGUAAUCGUGGCAACAAAGGCAAGAGCAACAAAAACAAGUCCAACAAGAACUCCUCGAAAACCACAACCGCACGGCCUUCGUCGUCGUCGUCGUCGGCGGCAGUUAACCAACAGACCACGGUAAACAUGUACCUCAACAAUUAUGGCGGCGGAAGCUCGAGCGCUGGGGGUAGAAAAAAUCCUUCCUCCAAACAGAAACCGUCGCCACCAUUGCAAACUAUUAAUUAUGGCAAGGGAGACAAAUACCAUGCGGCCACCUCCAACAUACAGGAUAAGCAGAUCGCUAUCAAGGCCCCGAAGCAGGUCAAACAGAAUGGGUUCCCCUCAAAGUCAGUCUCAUCAUCCGUCUCAUCAUCUGGCGCUGCCUCACCAGCAUCCUCCCCCUCCUCGUCUUCCUCUUCCUCAUCUACGUCCGCCGGGUCGGGACGUAAAACCACAACCACCACCGCAACAACGGCUGCCGGUGGCAGUGGCACAUCAACAACGUUGUCAUCUUCCUCGAAUGCGCUGCAGAGUGUGACGCUGGGUGGUGGUGGUAGUGGCGGCAGUAUGCCACCGGCCUUUCCACCCGGCCACGGUGGUGCGUCGACGGUUUCACUCGGCGGUACCACCGUAACCGCAAGCCCAACAUACAACGACCGCUAUCCGGCCGCAUCCUCCAUCAACGCGCGCAUACCGAAGGUCUUUCAGCAGUACGACAAAAUACAGCAAUUUUAUCCCGAGCUUCAGCCCUACUCUUCCAUCCGCGACGAGCACGGUGAUCUGGCUGGGGCGGGCGGACAGCAGCUUCCACCACCGCUGCCACCACCGGUAGUAAAGCUCAGCGCGCCCACCGCGUCCGGCACCGGUAACAGUAACUUCCAGCAGUCAGGCAAGGGCACGGGAGCGAUGACUUCCGGCACUAGAUUACCGGCACCACCUGGCAUUAUGCUCGGAUCGGCGGGUGGUGGUAUCGCUACUACCGGAGGGGGCGGCACUACUUCACUCGGCAAACCAUCGCGGGCAAAGAUCUUUUUCCCCGAUUCCGACAUUAUCGAUGCGAUACCGCGCAAAAUAUCGUCCAGCCUGCAGCCGAUUCCACCGUCUUACGUGUCGUCACCGUACUACAGCCGAACGCAGAGCUCCUUCAUUUCGUCCUCCAACGACCAAAAGCACGGAAAGGCACAAAUUACGCAAUGGGAUCUUAUAUUCUACGGCACGGAAACGCCCGCCCAGCCGAACGAUCCGGUCCGGUUCGGUAAGCCCGGUUACGACAGUAACUUUGGCGGUGAAAUGGAACACAAUGCGCUGGAAUUUGACAGUGGCGUAACGAGCGAUCAGUGGCGAGAUAUGCAGCAGAUCGGCGAGGGACACAGCGAGGUGCAGCGAACCUCAUCGAACGACGUGACGACGGUAUCCUGCGCACGGUUUGAUGCCGCCAGCUGCAUAGAAUGCAAAUCAACCGCGUACCACUACAAAGGCCGCUGCUAUAUUCAAUGUCCCCCGGGGACGUACCCGUCGGCACCGCUUGCAUCGGAAGCGAACGGCACAGCAGCAUCCCACCGAGCGGACAUCGAUGAAAUAGCGAUCAACGGUCAGCGGCCACUGUCACCGUCAUCGUUGCGGCGUCGUCGUCGUCGUCGCCAAGAGCAACAUGUGGUCGCGGCGGCGUUGAUGAACGGUGCUUCUUCUGCUGAAGCAUCCCAACGGUCAGUGGCACACACCACCAACCCAGUGGGCUCGCCCCAGUGUCUCCAGUGCCAUACGACCUGCCUGAAGUGUACCGGACCGCAAGCGACCGACUGUCUCGAAUGUCAGGCCGCCUUCCGCUUCCAACCAAUUGCAUCCGGUGGCGAAAGUCGCAUUUGUGUGUCAAUCAACGACAAGCACCCGGGCCAACCGUUGCCGGUGGCUGGCCCGAACAAUGGCAGCGCAGGUCGAGUGAAAGCACCCGACCCGAACAAUAUCGAGCACCCGCCACCAGGCACCGCAUCGUCCUCCGGGUUGGCCCCCAUCUACCGCUACCUUCCGCCGGUGGUGUUUCUCGCCGGGGUGCUUUUGGUCGCGUUCGUGGCAAUUUACGUGCUGUGGGUGCACUGCUUCCACGGUUCGCCCGGCAUUGGCGAGAUGUCCGGGCCGGGGCACCUGGCAUUCGUCGGUGACGGGGGCGACGGUGGCACGGGCAGUGGACUGACCAGCAUUCGGUACGACCGGGUGCACACCAAUGAGCAGGAGGAGGAGGACGAGGAGGAGUACGAGAUGUACGGGGACGAUGAAAGUGCAAGCAGCGGGGACGAUGAGGGCGAUCUGUUGCCCGUUUCCACCACACAAACAGUCGCCCCAACGGCCAACAAGCGAUAAAGAGGAGUGUGCGCCACACACACACACACACACACACACACACACACACACACACACACACACACAUUCUGGAAGUAAUAACAAUAGUCAUGUAUGUAGUGCAAAUGUCACUAACAAGUGUUAAACUAGUGAAUCUGUGAAGUUGUGGUGGGCAGCUCAGGAAAUCAGGAGAGUGUAUUUCCUUUUUAUUUUCCUUUUGUUUUAUUUUAAAGAAGACGUGACGGAAGCAAUAAAAGUGAUCCAACUAUCUUAUGAAUAGGA